CUUGAUACAUCUGAAUUUUGCCAUGAAAAAGACAAAAGACAAAAACAAAAAAACGCACGCAACAUUUUUGAGCGCGCGCACCCUUUGUACAUGAGGCCCCAGAACUGGUUUUGAAGCAGGACGGAAACAUGCUGGUUCAACGAGGAGGACGCCUCUAGUGAACAAUACUGGAACUGCAGGAUCUUAAGUGAGUUGUAGCUGGUAUAGCUAGUGAGUUAGCAUCUAACGAGGAGGUGUCACUGAAGACAUACAUACAGAAGUAAUUAAUAAUAAUAUUAUUAUCAUGAUGAUUUACGAGGUAUCCAGGUCAUCUUGAACUGGACUUCUAUAAAGUUUCUUUAUUUUUACUUAUUUUACACAUAAUAUAUAUUAUAUAUUUGUUAUAAACAUUUUUAUAUUUAAUGAUGGCGCCCUCUGCUGGUCAGCUGCCGCUGCUGUGAUUUUUUUCUUCUUGUAACAGAUUUCUUAAUUAAAUAUUUUAUUUCUAAUUCAGUCAUCUGGUCCCGGUCGGGUCUUUAAUCGGAGUACUUUAAUCAAAUGCGCCAUCUGAACGGGUAAGGUGCGCUUCGUGAUCCGGUUCCGCUCCGGUUCCUCUCCGGUUGACCUGUGAUGGCAACAGAGAUCGGUUCCUCCUCCCGGAUCUGUUCCUCCUCCCUCUCCGCUCUCUGAUCGCCCUCAUUCAGCCUGACUCGGUGGUUCGGCCUGUGUUCGGCUCUGAGUCGGACUCCCGGUGUCGGUCCGGUUCUGGCUAGUUUGUUCUGGUUCUGGAUGUUUGUUCCGGAACUUUUCCCACUCGGAGCCUCGUUAGCAGCUAGCCUUAGCUGUUAGCUGCGGAGCCUCGUUAGCUGUUAGCUGCGGAGCCUCGUUAGCAGCUAACGGCGGAGCCUCGUUAGAUGCUAGCUGUGGCUAAAGAGUCUUCGGUGCGAACUUUGGACCCAGAUUUUCUGUUUCACACCGAACCGUCCCGCUGCUGCCCCGGCCCGAACUCUGAGUCCAGCUCCGGUUCGGGUCCGUUUGCAGACAGGGAAGUUAACAGGCUAACAGUUAGCCUAAGAUAGCAGCUAGCGAUUAGCCGGAACUGCUAACUCCGUCCUCCCGAUGCCGGCGAUGCUGGAGAGGAACCCGGAGGCUCCGGGGAAGAGGAGAGGGCGGGCUCCGACAGGCAGCGGACCCGGAGCCACAGCGAACCCCGGCGGGAAGAACCUGUCCGGUAAUGGAACUAGCACCAACAGCUGUUGGGAGGAAGGAAGUUCAGGGUCCAGCAGCGACGAGGAGCAUGGUGGAGGAGGGAUGCGGGUCGGACCGCAGUACCAGGCCGUGGUUCCGGACUUUGACCCAGAUGUGGCCCAGGCGGCUCAGCUCAGAGACAAUCUGGGGAUGUUGGUUUGGAUCCCGAGCAGCUGCCUGAACCAGACUCAGUUGGAUGAGUACAUCGCUAUCGCCAAAGAGAAACACGGCUACAACAUGGAGCAGGCGCUGGGGAUGCUCUUCUGGCACAAACACAACAUAGAGAAGUCUCUGGCCGACCUCCCGAACUUCACCCCGUUUCCUGAUGAGUGGACGGUGGAGGACAGAGUUCUGUUCGAACAAGCGUUCAGCUUCCACGGGAAGAGCUUCCACCGCAUCCAGCAGAUGCUUCCUGAUAAGUCCAUGGCCAGUCUGGUUCGGUUUUAUUACUCAUGGAAGAAAAGUCGCAGUAAAACCAGUCUGAUGGACAGACAGACCAGGAAACACAAGAGGGACAGAGACAACAGUGAUGAUGAGGUUGAGGAGGGAAACGGGACUCCGCCCAGUGACCUCGAGUUUGACCCAAAUAAGGACGACAAGAAGGAGGUGAGUCCUGGAUCAGAGAGGUCAGAGGUCAAACCAGCUACAGGCCUGAAGACAGGUGGGAAGGCGUCUCAGCGGAUGAAGAAGCGUCCUCCCAGAGGAAUGUUUCUCAACCAGCAGGACGUAGUGUCUCUGUCGUCUUCGUCUGCUCAGGGACUCAUCAGACACCUGGACGGUCAGCUGGUGUCCAUCAAGAGACAGAUUCAGUCCAUCAAACAGACCAACGGCACGCUGAAAGAGAAGCUGGCGUCAGGGGUGGACGAGUUCAGGCAACCUGAGAUGAAUCAGAAGUUCAACAAUCGUUGGACCACAGAGGAGCAACUGCUGGCAGUACAAGCCAUCAGGAAGUAUGGGCGGGACUUCCAGGCCAUCUCAGACGUCAUCGGUAACAAGUCGGUGGUGCAGGUGAAGAACUUCUUGGUGAACUACAGACGCAGGUUUAACCUGGACGAAGUUCUCCAGGAGUGGGAGGCUGAACACGGGAUGGAGGGGGGAGACGGGGGAGGAGAGGAGGACAAGCUGGAGGAGAAGAUGGAGGUGUGUCCUGCUGAGGAUGAGGAGGUCAAGCAGACAAAGGAGGACUCGUCCUCUCCCGUGGACUCUGAGAAGCCUCUGGCGUCCUGAGACCCUCGGACUCCACCUCUCCAUCUAUGCCCCGCCCUCAACGCCAGGCUCCACCCUCUGGGUUUUAUUAUUAGUGUGUGUGACUUUAUUUUAUUUCCUGUUUCUCAGCUUAUCUUCAUCAGGUAGGGGGUUCAUGUCAUCACCUGCCAUCACCAUGCUCUCUGGACCAAUCAGGAGUCAGACAUGACCUGUCAGUCAAAAGGGGGAGGGGCCUGUUUCUUUCCAUUUACUUUCUCUUUUUAAUCUGAAUUUGUUUUUGACUUGUUUUAUGUUUUUGUCUGAGGGGUGGGGGUUGAACUGAUGAUGCGGCUCAGGUAGGGGCGUGGCCUGUCCUGAAGCCUCGUCCUGUUCUUUUUUAGGACCUUUUAGAGGAAAGACAAUAAAGCCAAAGUUCACCAAUAAAA